ACAUAGCAAAAGGUAAUAUUAAAAUGGAGGUUAUUAACGAGUUCCUUUGGGCAUUACUCGUGAUGAUGGUUUUAUUAUUACGUGGAAGUUGGCCCUCUUAUGGUUGUUGGGAGACUGAGAGAAUUGCUCUCUUGCAACUCCAGGCUCAUUUCAAUUAUUCUCCUCAGUUUGACUAUAAUUAUUAUUUAGGGUAUUACAACUAUUAUUCUGACGAUGUCAAGUGCUGUAACUGGGAAAGAGUCAGGUGCAGUGCCGCUACAGGGCAUGUUACCCAACUCUUACUUGGGGAAAUAAGAGGUUGGAAUUCCUUCGAACUUUGGUAUCUAAAUGCCUCUUUGUUUCUUCCCUUCCAACAGCUGAAGAAGCUUGGCUUAUCCAAAAACAACAUAGCUGGUUGCCUGAAGAAUGAAGGUUUUGAAAAACUAUCAACGUUUGAGAAUUUGGAGUUUCUCAAUUUAGGUUUUAAUAACUUCAACACUAACAUUUUAUCAUCUCUAAGUCAUCUCUCAUCUUUGAAAUAUUUAUAUCUAUAUGAAAAUGAAAUGAAAGGAAGAAUUGAUAUUCAAGAAUUGAAUAAUCUAACAAAUCUAAAAGAGUUGGAUCUAAUGGCCAAUGAAAUUGAAGGCUUUAAUUCUUUACACGGUGCUGAAAAAUUACCAAAUAUGAGCAAUCUAGAAUAUCUUUAUUUGAGUUACAAUAACUUUGGUAAUGAUAUUUUAUCAUCCAUUAAGGGGCUCUCAUCCCUCAAAACUCUAUGGAUAGGAUAUAAUCUAUUGAAAGGACCAUUCAAUUUGACAGAAUUGGAUGCGAUGAGCAAUCUAGAGGAGCUGAGCUUGAGCGGAAAUAACAUUACAAAAUUUAUCAGCUCAAGAGAAAUCAGAAGUCCAAAAAAUUUGAGCAUCCUUUAUUUAGAUGACAUCACCGUAGAAGGAAGAAGCAUGCUAUUAGAAUCACUGGGAGCAUUGACCCAUCUCAAUACCCUAUAUAUGACAAGGAGUAAUUUCAAAGGGACAAUAUUGUCAUUGGGAGCAUUGGCCCAACUCAAGACCCUAUAUAUGACAGGGAGUAAUUUCAAAGGGACAAUAUUUGAUCAAGGUUCUAAAGUGAUAAAUGUGAAAGAGCUGUAUUUAGACGGGUCUUCCCUGGAUGAAAACCUUCUCCAAAGUCUUGAAGUAUUAUCUUCUCUUAGGGUUUUGUCUUUAGGUGAAUUGAAUUGCACCCUACCAAUCCAAGGCUUGCCACAUCUGAAGGAUUUGGAGUAUUUGCAUUUGGAUUACUCUAUUGUCAACAGUAAUUUUCUACAAUCAAUUGGAGAGUUGUCCUCCCUUCAAACAUUAUCAUUGCGCAAUUGUGGACUUAAUAGUACAACAUUUCUAAACCAAGGUUUGUGCGAAUUAAUACAUCUCCAAAUGCUAGAUAUUAGCUACAAUGAUUUCAGUGGCAGCUUGCCUUUGUCUCUAGUGAAUUUGACAUCCCUUCAAUGGCUAGAUCUCUCUUCCAAUCACUUUAUUGGGAACAUCUCUUCAUCUCCACUUAGGGGUUUAAAAAAUCUGGAACAUUUAUCACUCUCAAACAAUCUUUUCCAAAUCCCAAUCUCAUUAAGUUCAUUUUUCAACCAUUCAAAACUCAAGAACUUGGAUGCUUGGGGUAACAAAAUAUAUGCAGAAUUUGAACCCAAUCAUCAUAAUUUGAACCCAAUGUUUCAGUUAGAGAUGCUUAUUUUAUCUGGCCGUGUAUAUUGUGGAGCAUUCCCCAAAUUCCUCUAUCAUCAAUAUAACCUACAACUUGUUGAUCUAUCACAUAUUCAAAUCAAAGAAGGGUUUCCAUCUUGGUUGUUACAUAACAACACAAAAUUAGAAGAACUUUACUUGAUCAACAAUUCUCUCUCAGGGCCUCUCCAAUUACCACUUCAUUCUUAUAUGAAUUUGUCAUACCUGGAUAUCUCAGACAAUUGCUUCAUUGGCUCUAUUCCAAUAAAGAUAGGAACAUAUCUGCCGAGAUUGACAUAUGUAAACAUGUCGAUAAAUGGUUUCAAUGGUAGUAUUCCCUCUUCAUUUGGAAAUAUGAGCUUAUUGGAAAGCUUAGACUUAUCCAACAAUAGAUUGUCAGGUGGUAUACCAGAGUAUUUAACCGUGGGUUGUGUCUCAUUAUUUGAGCUCAUACUUUCAAACAACAGUUUGCAAGGCCAAAUAUUUUCUAGAACCUUUAACUUAAGAUUUUUGGGAGAGUUACAAUUGGAUGGCAAUCAAUUCACUGGCAGCAUUCCACAUAGCUUGUCUAACUGCACUUUUUUACGAGUGUUGGAUCUUAGUCAUAACGACAUAUCCGGUAAAAUUCCAUGGUGGUUGGGGGACAUGUCUUAUCUUGAGAUUUUGGAUCUUUCAAUGAAUAAUAUCUCUGGAAAUCUACCAUCUAACUUUUGCCAUACAAACAUACAAAAACUUUAUUUGUCUAGAAAUGGGCUGCAAGGAUCUUUGAAGGAUGCAUUUUAUGGUUGCUUUGAGCUGAUUGUGUUAGAUCUUAGCCAUAAUAAUGUGACUGGAAGCAUUCCGCCUUGGAUUGGAAAAUUUUCUCAAUUGAGCUAUCUAAUCUUGGGUCACAACAAUAUUGAAGCGAAAAUCCCAAUUCAGUUGUGCAAUUUGACUCAAUUAAGUUUGAUUGAUCUUUCUCAUAAUCAUCUUUCUGGUCCUAUUCUCCCUUGCUUAAGAUCUACAAGCAGCCCAUAUAGGCAACAAGAUGGUUCAUAUAAUGCUUCUGCUCCUGUUUCUAUGGAUGAACCUUUAGAGUUUACAACAAAGAGUAUAUCCUAUUCUUACCAAGGAAGCAUGCUAUCUUACAUCUCUGGAAUUGAUCUCUCAUGCAACCAUUUGACAGGCCGAAUUCCUACUGAAAUUGGAAACCUCAAUGAGAUCCAUGUUCUAAAUUUGUCUCAUAACAGUUUGACAGGAGAAAUUCCAGCAUCAUUUUCCAACUUACACCAAAUUGAGAGUUUGGAUCUUUCAUACAACAACUUGAAAGGGAGCAUUCCUUCUCAGCUUACUGAGUUAAAUUUUUUGGCUGUUUUUAAUGUGUCAUACAAUAAUUUAUCUGGCAAGAUACCCGAUGUUAAACAAUUUGCAACAUUUGAUGAAAGCAGCUAUCGAGGAAACCUUUUUCUCUAUGGAUGUCCAUUGAUGAAAAAUUGUACUGAAAUAUCAUUACCUCCAUCAAAAUCAAGAACUUCAAUUGAGAAUAAAGAAAGCAGUUGCUUCAUCGAUAAGGAUGCUUUCCAUGCGAGUUUUGGGGUGACUUACAUUAUGGUGUUGUUGGUAAUAGCUGCAAUUUUGUACAUAAAUCCAUAUUGGCGACAAGCAUGGUUUUACUACAUUGAGGUGAGUACAAACAAUUGCUACUAUUUUAUUAUAGACAAUCUUGCUUUUUUGUCCAAGUUUAGAUUUUGUAACUUUUGUAAAUGAAAUUUAUUAUGCAAAUAUUAUGUAGGUUCUUUUUUUUUUUUUUUAAUUUACUUCAAUUAACCAAGAGAUUGAAUCUCAACCAGUGAUGUAAAACCUGUGUUUAGAAUACUAUAUUUGCUCCUAGCAUUGAAUUUUUUUUAAGCCUAUGCUUAAGAAAGCUGCUACAUGGUCUAUUA